AUGUCUUCCUCAAAUGUUUGCCCAUCUUCGGUAGAAGAGUUGGGUGACAAAGAGGGGCCCAUCCCUACCAAUGCGGGCCCAGCCUCGAAUGUUAUCGAGCCUAAACCUGGGAAAGCUACCUCUGCCGUUGCCAGUCCUAGCCAAGCUCUAGAAGACAGCACAAUCAUCGAUACUUCUGGGGAUAGUAUGAGCCACCCUCUACAGCAGAACACUGUUCGCACUUGGCCUGAGUAUCGACACGCUUUGAGCCACAACACAAACACAACGAUUCGCUCUCAUCCUAUCAGCCACUUUGGCUCUCUUCCAACCCGUAGGCUCUGGUCUAUCAAUAGUCCUCGGUCCUUGCAGACUUCUUUGCCUGAGCCCAGUCUUGCACAUGAAGCUACCUCGAAUGAGUUUCAUCCCAUCAGCCACUUCGGGCUUCUUCUUACCAGACAACUUUGGGCUGUUCGUCGUCCACAGUUCCAUUUGACUGCUCCGCCUUCUGAGUCUAGUCAUUCACAUGAAGCUCCCUUGAAUCAGUUUCAUCUCAUCAGCCACUUUGGCUCUCUUCCUACAAGGGGUCUUUGGCUUUAUCGUCGUCCGCAAAUCCAUUUGACUGCUCCACCUUCUGAGCCUCUUCCCUCGCGUGUGACCUCUUCUCCUACCCACGCCUUACCACUUGACACUGCUCUGCCUACUGAGUCUAUUCAUUCACAUGAAGCUCUCUUGAAUCAGUUUCAUCCCAUCAGCCAUUUCGGCUCUCUUCCUACAAGGGGUCUUUGGCUUUAUCGUCGUCCACAAAUCCAUUUGACUGCUCCGCCUUCUGAGCCUCUUCCCUCGCGUAUUCUCGCGCGUGUGACUUCUCCGGCUCACCCCCUACCACUUGACACUACUCUUUAUCCUGAGCCUGUUCUCUCGCGUGUGACUUCUCUGGUUCACACUCUACCACUUGAUACUGCUCUUUUACGUCAGACUUCUCCUCAGGUUGAACCUCUUCAGCCUGAAACCCGAUCUCCAUCUAAGGCGAUUUCUCCUCCAUACAGUUCUCCUCUCAGAUCUCAGAACUCUCUUCCGCUUCAGACCUAUCUCAACCCCGAGAGUCGAUCCACCUCUGAAUUCGUUUCUCCUACCUUCACUCCUCCUUCCCCAUUGAAGACUUCAUUCCCAUCCAAUAAUCCGGACCACUUCGCGGCUUCUCUUACAAACACUUCUCUGCUCCUUGAGACUCCUCUAUCUGCCGAGGCUCAACUUGUCACGCUCAACAGUUCCUCGGUACACGACGAGACCCUCCAGACCGAACAGCAUCAUCCCGACGUAGUCAAUCCCGACUUAACAGUCAGCUACCAGACGCCCGUUGGGCCAACUGAAGCGACGUCCCUAAAUCAGCCACCGAUCACAGAUCCCACGACUGCACCGGUCGAGUCUUUAUCUCAGCUACCGCAUGUGCCAAGCAACAACUCUUCAUCCCAUGACAUCGCGAUCUCCUCGCACACUGUGAAAGGCGCAUCCACACCCUCCAACUCUCCUGACCCUGUCGAACAGUCGAACACCUACCGCUUCGUCUCAUCAACCGAGCCCAGUACUGUUCCUGGAUUGACUCCUGUCGAAUAUUCUGAGUCUGACAGUACCUCAGUCCAUCCCUUACACGGUGUUUCAAAACUUGCGUAUGAUCAGAUGGUAACAAAUUGCAAGUUCAUAAAAUCCAUAUGCGAAAUUCAGGCACAGUUUCGCCAUACCAAGCUCAAAAUGCCGGACACCGAUUGUGAAGUUUGCGACCUGUAUUACUCGACGGUCGAGCAAAUUGAGGCUCUCGAAAUUGAGAUCGGCCUUCCUUCCACACUCUCGCCCUCUGAAGAUGCACAGUCCGGGGCAAUGUUGCCCGUGAUAACCCGUCUCAACUUCUACUAUGAAACCUUGGGCCUGGAACAGAUUCGUAAUCCCCCUUCUGCAUGCGACUUCCACAGGGGUUCCCCCCGGAAGAGAUCAAUUAUCGUACCUUGGUCUUUCUGGAGAAGUAUUUCCAGUGGCUUUGUGAUGCGAAGUCUGCCUUAG